CCCAAUACUAAUAUUUACUGUGAUGUUCCUCUCUUCCAGGUCUUGUCAGGAUGUGCAAUAAUCGUGAGGGGCCAGCCACGGGGAGGCCCGCCCCCGGAGCGUCAGAUCAACCUGAGCAACAUCCGUACCGGAGCGCUAGCUCGCCGCGCCCCCCAGAGCCAGCCUGACCAAAAGGACACCCCUGACGAGCCCUAUGCCUUCCAGGCCAGAGAGUUCCUGCGCAAGAUGCUGAUUGGGAAGGAGGUAUGCUUCACAGUGGAGGUCAAGACUGCUCUGGGCAGAGAAUACGGCAUGGUGUACCUGGGCAGAGACACCACCGGUGAGAACAUUGCUGAAUCUCUGGUGAACGAGGGCCUCGCCACCGUCCGCAGGGAAGGAAUCCGGGGCAACAAUCCAGAUCAGGCUAGACUGUGUGACCUGGAGGACCAGGCCAAGGCCUCCAAGAAGGGCAUGUGGACGGAGGGCGGCGGCACCAACACUGUACGAGACCUCAAGUACAUAAUCGAGAACCCCCGCAACUUCGUUGACUCCAUGCACCAGAAACCUGUCAAUGCCGUCAUUGAGCACGUGCGCGACGGUAGUGUGGUCCGUGCCCUGCUCCUGCCCGACUACUACCUGGUCACGGUCAUGCUCUCUGGGGUCAAGUGUCCGACGUUCAAGCGUGAGGCGGACGGCACGGAGUCGCCAGAGCCCUUCGCUGCCGAGGCCAAGUUCUUCACGGAGUCGCGUCUGCUCCAGAGGGACGUGCAGAUCAUCCUGGAGAGCUGCCCCAACCAGGUCAUCCUGGGUACCGUCCUCCACCCGAACGGGAACAUCACAGAGCUGCUGCUGAAGGAAGGGUUCGCCCGCUGUGUGGACUGGUCCAUGGCCGUCUACACCCAGGGGGCAGAGAAACUCCGGGCCGGAGAAAAAUCUGCUAAAGAACGUAAAGUGCGUAUCUGGAAGGACUACGUAGCCCCCACAGCCAACAUGGACCAGAAGGACCGGCAGUUUGUGGCCAAGGUAAGAAGACCCUGCAGGCCUGCAUACUACACGGCUUCAGGAGG